AUGGCAAUGGUGCGAGCCUCCAAAAACAUUGUUUCUUAUGUUAGAGAAUUAAAACCCCGUAAAGAUACGUCGCGUAUUGAAGUUAGGAUUGUUUGCUUGUGGAGAAACUAUAACAAAGAAUCAAGAAACACCAUUGAAAUGGUUUUUGUUGAUAAAAAAUGGAUAAGAAUUCAUGCUUCAGUUGGUGAACAACUCAUCAAAAAAUUCGAUGACAAGCUACGCGAGAGAGAUGCGAUUGUCGUCCAGUUGUUCAAAGUGUACGAUGCUAUUGGUAAAUACCGUACAACGCCACAUCCGUACAAAAUUGGCUUCUUUCAAACAACAUUUGUUGGAAAAGCUGAUGAUUUUCCAAGUGCAGUUCCCGAAAAAUAUUUCGCGGACUUCUCUGAUAUUCUUGGUGGAAAUCUUGAUCAUAGCUGUUUGAUUGAUGUGGUUGGCCAAAUAGUUAACUUCGGAUCUCUGGAAAACAAAAUAAUAAAAGGAAAAGAUAACAUGAGGUUCUUGAUUGAGUUGCGUGACCCAAAUCUCCAUGAUGAUUCACUUGCUCUUACAAACAACGAUAGUAGCCAAUGGUCUGUUGGUACUGCUACAUCUAUUCUUGCCAGGUCUUUUUUUCUUAAUGAGAGGCUAUCCAUAAGAGAGAUCAUUGAUAGUACUCUGAAUGAAGAUGAAGACUUCUUACCAGAAGCAGUUAGCGAUCUCUUUGGUAAGAGAGUCCUUUUUGAGAUUUCAGUUGAUGCUGAUAACAUCAAAGGAAAGAGCUCUCAGUGUGUGGUUCGAUUGGCUACUGAUGACCGUGAAAUGGUUGAGGAAUUUGCUGAUUUGCCUCCUAAACCGGUCCUAAUGUUGGAGUCCGCAGAUGAUAUUUCCUCUGGCUCUGGUGGUUUUACAGCAACUCCUUUGUCCAAAAGAAAAAGCGAACAAGAUGAAGACAGUUGCCUUGAGGAUCAACACUCUGUUAACAAAAAGCUCUCUCAAAAGAAACUCAAGGGCGAGUGA